AUGGAAUCAUUGAUAGCAUCAAAUCUGCUGUGGAUCGACUACGCCGAGCAUAUGUUACGCACGUACAGAACCAUCUAUGAAAACGAACAAUACGCGGACUGUACUUUAGUUUUAGCCGAUGGGCAGCAGAACGCCAGCAGCACCGUGCUUGGGCUGGCCUCGGGCUUUUUUGAAAGAAUUUUCGCCAUCACCGGAAACGAGGCUGCCCCGCGCGAACGGUUCGUAGUGAUGAUCCCCGAUAUAACGCUGCAGAUUAUGCAGCACGUGUUGCUAUUUAUCCACACCGGCGAGAUUAUUCUGCAGUACAAUCAAAUGUCUUGUUUCGUGGACGCUUGCUCCUUGCUAGAGCUGCGCGGGAUGAAAACUGUGGACAGCGUCAUCGAGGGAAUGAAAAUAAGUGUACUCGCAUCACCCGAAACAGCCGUUUUGGGCGCAGAAAGCGGAAGUGCCAUGCACACACAAUGCCUGGACGAAGAUUGGUUUCCUGCGGUCAGUGCCGAAGACGUGGAAGGAAGGCAAACCGAUGGUACGGUGGACGAAUCUCCUGCCGAUGGACUCGAAGCAAAUCGAGAGUACUACAGCUAUGACGCUGUGGCCAUAAUGGACGAAGAUACAACAGAGCACUCAGAUCCCGCAGAAAACAACGACGAGCAACUGGACCCGUCCACCGCGUUGGCCAACCUUUCCGGCAACAAAGCGAUGCCAGAUGCGGAGACUACCGUAGCGGGACAGUCGUCAAAUUACUCGGAUCGCCUCGAGGAAGCAGUUGAUGCGAUCGUAACAGGCAAAAUGAGCUUCCGGGGGGCAGCCCGUACGUUCCGCGUGUCCAAAAGUGUGCUCUGGCGACGGACCGUCAACGAAACACGAACUGAAAAGGCUCCCGAACUUCCACCGUCUCGGCUGGACGCCAUAGAAGCGAUCAAGGCCGGAGAAAAGCUGAUAACCGUUAACCGACGGUUCGGGAUUCCGCUCGGGACGCUGCACCGUGAUAAGAUUCGGCUCUACAAUAAGGGUGAUCUUCCGGAAACGGUGAAAUUGAAGCACAAGGACAUCAACUACAAGCAGCGUGUCAGUGAGGCGGCCCAACAGUGCGUAACCGGUAUGAUGUCGCUAACGGAAGCGACACGGAGCUACUCGAUACCCUCCACAACGAUCUGGCGAAGGAUCAAGACGAUACGGGCGGGCGAUGCUGACGGGGCCACAAGCAAACGCAGCCACAGACCGGUGGUUAGUCGCAGGAAAGGAACGCAAAAGAACCGAGAACCGCCUGCCCUGGAACGAACAGAGGACAGCUUUGUGGCCACCGAAGACGAUCCGCUGGCUGGGGUCGCCUGGGCAGAAGAACCUGAGCUGUUGUGA